AUGUCCACGAACUUGAGCGCAACAAUGAAUGCAACUCAGCCGUCGAACUGCUAUAAUCCCACAGCAUUGAGGAUUGGGCACACAAUUGCUUACUGCGUAAUAUUUAUUAUUUCUGUGGUUGGAAAUUCCUUUAUUGGAAUAAUUGUUUACAAGACAAAAACCAUGCGAAAACCCAUCAACUAUCUAAUUGUGAACAUGGCUAUGUCAGACCUACUGUUCCCGAUAUUCUUGAUCCCGAAAACUGUAGUAGAGAUACAUGACGAUGAUUGGCCCAUUAGAGGCCAUCUUGGCGAGGUUUUGUGUAAGCUCGCUCCUUUUUCAGCCGAUCUCUCCUCUGCUGUGUCAAUUCAGAGCCUUGUGCUCAUAGCAGUGGAUCGAUUUGUAGCUGUGGUAUUUCCCCUCCGUUCCCCGCUCUUCAGUUCAAAAUUGUAUCGCUUCUUUAUUCUCGCCACGUGGAUCAUCGCCAUGGCUACAUUCAUCCCGUAUCUGCUCGCGUUCAAGCUGGUCGAAUAUGAUCAUGAGUACAAGUGUGUGCGGCAAUGGAUGCGUGUUUUUGACGAUUCCUCGUCGGUGACAAAAUACUUUAUGGCACUUUUUAUUGCAUUUUUUUAUAUUCCCUUCGUUCUGAUGUUUAUUCUAUAUCUUGCGAUUUUUUUGAAACUGAAGUCCCAGAGAGGACAAGGUGAACACUCAAUGAACGCUCAAAUUCAGUCAUCAAUGAACGAAACUAAAUUAAAUAAGUCCUAA